UUUAUCAUUUGUUACAUUAGUUUGAUUUGAAAUGUGAAUUAGAUUGUUCCGUCUCUCUGUUUAUUUCAUUAAUUGUUUCCAUCGUAAUUUAGAUAAAUUGCUUUGUCACCCAUUCUGUAAUUCACUGUUAUAUCAGCUUCUCACCCAAACAAUUGGAAUAAUUUCAUUGGAAUAGAAAACGAAAAAAAAGACCAGAAAAACAAUUGUUAUUCUUUUUUGGUUUUUUUCUUUUCUCUCUUCAGUUUUCAUUUUUGUUUUCUCUUCUUGUUUUCUCUUCUUCUUCUUCUCUCAACAUCUUUUAAUAUUCUCUUCUUUUUUAUUGGUUCUUGGUGGAGUAAAAUAAAAAGAAGUAAAACUUGUGUGUUAUUGAAAAAAUAUCCAGCUCUUUAUCUCCAAUAUGAUGCAUCGGAGACCAAUGUCGAGCCAAUUUGCCACCACUAAUAACAAUACACCCGAUUCAUUAUGGAUGAUUUGUCUCAAUAAAAUAAUUACCAAUGAGAUUCCAUUUAAAAAUGUUUGCCUUCCCAUGGAGAUAUGUAAUAACCUUCUCGAGGCUUUCCGACAUCAAAACGCCAACACGAAUGACGGUGAACGAGUUGCUCGAUUUCUAUCACAAUUUAAAGCUGGAACCUCACCUAUCAGUGAAGCUCGUCUAGCUGAUCUUCCCAUUACCGAUCAAGAUUUAUAUUACAUUUUAUCGGAACACACGAAUACUUUAAAGUAUCUGGAUAUUGAUAAUUGUCAGAAGCUUUCUGAUUCAGCUUUAAUGUACAUUCGUUACCUUCCAACACGAAUUAAUGCCAAUAAUUUGGAUAAAUUAGUUGUCACCGUCCGUGUAAUUGAAUCAAGAAACAAAGAUACCUUUGAUAUCUUACUUGAUAAAAGAUAUGAGAAAGGUGCGAUAACAUCUAACCUUGGUAUGUGUGAGACGACCUAUGUUGGAGUUAAAAACAAUUUCAUCUCCAUUUUUGAUGAAAUGGGUGUGUUUGAGUACGGUUUUGACACUUUAAGACGUAAACUAUCAAAAAUGGCUGAUGGUAGAUCAAUGAUCAGAAAAUAUGCAACAACCACCUCAUCAUCAACAUCAUCUUCACCUUCAUGUUCACCUUCUUCAUUAACUAACAACAACAAUAAUAAUAACAAUCUAACAGUAAACAACAACACCUCAUUCUCAUCUUCAUCAUCAACUCCAUCGUCUACCUCAUCCUCACCAUUUGAAAAAUCUAAUGACCUAAUGGAAUGUCUUGGAAUACCUAUGGGUAAAGAAACAUCGGAACCUCUUGUCUCAGGCUAUGAUAGUCCAGUUUUCGAGGAUUCUGACAUAAUUCGAGAUCAUAUCAGGAAAGGAAAAAAUGGACAAGAUGUAAUUCGUUACCUUGAUUAUAAAGCUUGGUGUAAAUCCUCAUUAGAAACAUUAAUCAUUGGAAAAUGCAAUCAAAUAUUUCCAGACUCUGAUCCCGACCUUGUUACUAUCACAGAAAAGAAACAACAUCUUCUUAAUCCUUAUCUUCCUCUACAAGUUUUGGUUAUCCAUGAAGUUAACCCCUCUGGAAAUCAACGUUAUUUAGAUACAUUAAUAACUCCAAUGAUGAAUGAAACAUUAACCUAUCUGGAUUUAAGUAAUUGUAAUUCAAUUGGUGAUGGUCAAGCUUUUACCUCGUUAAAAAAUCUUAAAGUGUUGAUACUGUACAAUUGUCCACUCUCGCCUACCGCUUUAAAGAAAAUUGCUCAGCUUAGAACUUUAAAAUCAUUGGAUAUCUCAUCUUCAAAUGAUCGUCAUGGACAUUGUUUCAAGUCACCUGAUGCUCAAUUAGCUGAGUUAGUUACAGCGUUACCCAAUCUCACCCAUCUCGAUAUUUCUGGCACCAAUUUAGCCGGUGAACGAGCUGAUUCCAUUAUUGGAUUAGAAAGUCGUUACGAACGUCCAUUAGAGUUCUUAGGAUUGUACAAUACUCAGUGUGAUGCAUCAUUUAGACCAAGAAUUCCAGCAAUUAAAGUAGCCGGUGAAUCAAAUGAGGAGCAAAUUUUGACCGCUUGUGAAGUUUAUAUGGACAGAAUCGAACCACUGAGAAAAGCAUUGAAUGAUCUUUUCCAUACUUUCAGAAUAGAGAGUGAAUUCCAUGCUAUCAACAGAUCAUUAAAUGUGGUACUAACGGCAAUGGCGAGGCAUUUAAAUGAAAAGCAAAUACAAAUCGCUGCAUCAGCCUCAUUGUUUUAUAUUGUAAAAUCAGAUGAAGCUAAAAACUACAGUUCACAAGUGAAAAGGCCAAUUGUAACUAGACUAUUAGAUGCGAUGCAACGUUAUAAACAUGACAAUGUGAUGCUACGCAAUGGAAGCCUGACUUUGAUUCACUUUAAAUUACCUCAAGAUGUUCUAUUUGAGUAUACACGAAUGGUAGAGAUUCUACUUUUAAUUGUUAUGAAUGAUGAUGAUGAAUUUAUUCAAAGAUUGGGUAUCUAUUUGUUAAACUCUUUGGCUUGUCAUGUUGAUGGUGAACAGAAAACACUGGUUGGAGAUUUGGGAGCUAUCGAUAAAUUGAUUACUCUAAUCGAAUCAAGGUUAAAUCGUGGAGUUUGUGAUGAAGUAAUGGAAAUCGCCUGGAGUACAAUGUGGAACGUUACAGAUGAAAAUCCAAUCAACUGUCAACGAUUUUUGGACAAUCAUGGAAUGGACCUUUUUGUCAACUGUAUGUCAACUUUCCCCGAACCACCAGAGCUUCUUCGUAAUAUGAUGGGUCUAUUGGGUAAUGUUGCCGAAUGUGAAGAUCUUCGACCUCGACUAAUGAGAUCUGAGUACAUUCAGAGGUUUAGUGAGCUUUUAAUGAGUGAAAGUGAUGGAAUUGAAGUGAGCUACAACGCUGCUGGAAUACUUUCUCAGCUUGUUUCCGAUGGACCUGAUGUGUGGCAUGCAUACCUGCGUGAAGUUGUUGAACGUGAUGUUGUACUAUCGAGAAUGGUAACAGCCAUUGGCCGUUGGACAAUCAAUUCCAAGCGAAAUAUUAAUUACAGAUCUUUUGAACCAAUCCUACGUUUAUUAAAGGCUAAAAAUCCGGUUUAUGAAGCUCAAUAUUGGGCAGUUUGGGCUUUAGCUAAUCUCACCAGAGUUUAUUGUAAUAAAUAUUGUCAAUUACUGAUCGAUGAUGGAGGAAUUGAGAUAUUGCAGAACUUGUUGAAUGAUACAAAUCUACCAACUCAUGUUAGACAAUUAGUUGUCCUUACACUUUACCAAGUUGACAAGUGGAAAAUCUCAGGUCACUUAGAUGGAUUAGAAGAUAGUUCUGACAUUGAAUGUGAAAUGUGAAAUGACUUUGAAAGGAGAGAAAUGUUAAUCGACAAGAACAAGAAAAUGCAGAAUUUUGCCAAAGUGCAUUUUUUUCUGUGGCCCCUGUUUCUGUUGACAAUUGAUUGUCACAAUCAACUUGACAUUAUUUUUAUCUUUUGUCAUUACAAUUAACUGCUCCUUUAACCAUUACACGCGUCAAAUUUUGAACCUAAGAACCAUUGGAACCCAAAUCGUAUUAGAUUUAUGUGAAAUAGUAAUUUCCUUACAUGUCAAUGUUUUUCUUUCUUUCUGUACUCCUCUCACUCUCUCACUCUUCCUCUAUCUUCAAUAUAAUUGUGCAAAUUGAAAUCCAAUGUAUAUAUUUGUAUGAAUACCUGUGUAUACAUUCAAAAUCCUUAUACAUGGAAAAACUAUCAAAGUUCAAGAAUGAUGUUGAUCUUUAUCAAACAAAACGAUUCCAGAACAUUAAUCCAAAUACUUUUUAUCGACAUCUACACAAAUCCAUCGGAACUUUAAAAGAUAAAUAUUCAUUUUAAGAUAACCCAAAUGUACCUGAUCUUGAAUUACCUUUGGAUUAGGAAAACAUCAAUUUCAAGAAUACAAAUUGAUCGCUCAAAUUUGAAAAGAAAAGUAAUCCUUGUCCAUUGACUAUUAACAUGAAGCCCAAUCCACAAACAAUCAGUAGCAUCAUCAACAAUUAACAAAACAUUAUCAGAAUGAAGAAAAGGCAACAACAACAAUGAGGAAAACAAAAGGACUCCAGUUAAUAAUAAUUAAAGAAACUAAAAUCUAAUCAAGAGCAACAUUCAUCAUGCAGAUUAUCAGAUUAUUUUUGUUCCUUAUAUAUAUUGAGCUAACACGAAGCCAUCAUCAUCAUCAUCAUCAUCAUCGUCAUGAUCAUAAUUAUCACCACCAUUAACAGAGAUUAACUAUCAAUAGUUAAACGAUCACUAUUAUUAUCAUUAUAUUACUACAACUAAAAUUACACGAAAUUAUUUUGAAAGCAACAAAAAAUUGAAUGAACAAGAAUAACUAUAAAUAUAUAUUAAUAUUAUCAUCAUCAUAAUCGUCAUCGCCAACGUCUCAACAAUUUGGACAAUCUCUUCCCUGGAUACACAAUUAAGUGUGAUAACAUGAUGAUAAACAAAAAGGAUAAUUAUUUUUCAUCAUAUCUGUCAUCCUAAUCAUCAUCUGAAUAACUAAUCACUUCAAUAACUUGGCUGAAUCAUAAUCAACAACAACAACACCACACACACAAUGGCUUAACAAAUCAACAUAUAUAUUCACAAACCAAUAAUUAUACACAAUAAUAUAAAUAUUGUUCAAUAAUCUUAAUCAUCGUCAAUCUGAUCAUCAUCACCUUACCUGGAAAACUUCAUCUCUCUCUCUCACCUUUUAUCUUCCUCUCCAUAAAUGUUAUUAUUAUUACAUUUUGAUCUCAGAGUUGAAAAUGAAUAUUUUUGUUUCGUGCUUGUAUUAAUAUUUUUUUUUCCUCUCUCUCUCCUGUAAAUAUCAAUAAGAAUACAAAAACAAAGGCUAAAUAAUGACAAGUUCAAUUCGUUAGCAGAAUUUACUAUUAAAUAAUAAUAAUAAUUAUUCAUGUUCAUUAAACAAUCUAAUCAAUUUAAUUGGUUCACUAUGAAAA